GAAUGCCCAUUGUACUGUCAACAACACCAUUACAAGUCAGAGAAGUUGGUGCGGACAUGCAAACCAACUCACACCGAGACAAUGAAGACAAAGUAAAAAGAUUAAAAAAAGAACGAAGAAGAUCUCAAAUUUUCUAGGCUAAGAAAAUUUUGAGUAACUUUCUCUUCCAUUUUCCCAGAAGGUAGAUUCUCAGCGGUGGUCUUUUCCAAGAGAGUCUUGGAAUUCUGAUUUGCUUAUAUUCUUGAAUUGGGAAUCCCAGUGGCUUCUAAGUAAUUUCGACUGCAAGUAGCCUAACUGGAUACUCAUCUACUGUUUCUUCAACUGUAAACAAAGGACAUUUAUUUGGGUAGUUUAUGCAGUUAAUGGGACAUUUCGUGGCACGAGCCUGAUAUUAUAUGGUUACUUUAACCCUUCCUUGAGAACUGAGUGAGUUAGAAGUGAGCAAUGUCUUUAGUUCGGACCCAAGAUCAAUAUUCCCGGUCAUAUGGCAAUCUGAAACUCUACGCUCUAAAUGGAAGCAGUGACACCUCUGGCAUUCCAAGUCCAAUAUUCAACUCCGAUAAGCAUAAGAUCAUGUAUGCAACAGAAUCUUACGACAGUGAGUGUUGUGAUCCAAACUUCUUCCUUGACUCCCCAAUGGAAGAAUUUAUACAUCCAUCCAUCUCUAGCCACUCGGUCAAUCAAUUACACUCCAUGACCAUGCAAAACCCAUUUAACUAUUUUGACACUACAAGACAUGAGGAUCGAUAUCAGCCCAAUUUCGAGUCAGAAUACUUCGAAAGUCAUAGUCCUGAUGACAUUGACUAUAACGAGGAUAAGAUGAGGCUAAAGCUUCAAGAACUGGAGAGAGCACUACUUGAUGAUAAUGAUGAUGAAGAUGAUGAUGCUUUUGGCCCCAAUCAAAGCAUGGAGAUUGAUUGUGAAUGGUCUAAUCCAAUCGGUGAUGCACUACUGCUACAUGAUUCCCCCAAGGAGUCUUCGUCCUUGGAUUCUAUUCUCAGCAGCAUCAGCAGCAACAAAGAGGUAUCACUUACCUCGUCUCCUCAGACGCCCAAGCAGUUGCUUUAUGAUUGUGCAGUGAUGAUUUCAGAGGGAAACAUCGAGGAAGCGUCAACGACAAUCAAUGAUCUCCGGCAGAGGUUCUCGAUCCAAGGAGAGCCUUCGCAGAGGAUCGCAGCUUACAUGGUGGAAGCUCUUGCGGCUCGUGUGGCAACCUCUGGCACGGGUCUUUACAAAGCUCUGAAAUGCAAAGAGCCUCCCUCUAAUGAUCAAUUAUCGGCUAUGCAGGUCCUCUUCGAGGUAUGUCCAUAUUUUAGGUUCGGAUUUAUGGCUGCAAAUGGUGCGAUUAUAGAAUCUUUUAAAAAUGAAAAAAGGGUUCAGAUAAUUGAUUUUGACAUCGGCCAAGGGAGUCAAUACAUAACUCUGAUACAAACUAUCGCUAAUCAGCGUGGUAAGCUGCCCCACUUGAGGUUAACCGGGGUUGAUGACCCUCAAUCAGUUCAACGAGCCAAUGGGGGCCUAAAAGUCAUCGGCCAAAGGCUCAAGCAAUUGGCUGAAUCGCUUGACGUGCCAUUUGAGUUCGAAGCAGUGGCAGCAAAGACCGCAGUAGUCAGUCCGGUGAUGCUGAACUGCCAGGCUGGUGAAGCGCUGAUCGUAAACUUCGCUUUCCAGCUUCACCACAUGCCCGAUGAGAGCGUCUCAACAAUAAACCAGCGAGACCGGCUUCUACGGAUGGUUAAGAGCUUGAAUCCGAAACUCGUUACCGUUGUUGAACAAGAUAUGAACGCUAACACUGCCCCAUUUUUGCCACGGUUUGUCGAAGCCCACAAUUACUAUUCAGCAGUGUUUCAAUCUCUUGAUGCGACACUUCCCAGGGAUAGCCAGGAGAGGUUGAAUGUAGAAAAGCAGUGUUUGGCACGUGAGAUAGUUAAUAUCGUGGCUUGUGAGGGAGAGGAGAGAAUAGAGCGGUAUGAAGUUGCUGGGAAAUGGAAAGCGCGAAUGAUGAUGGCUGGUUUUGUUUCAACUCCAAUUAGUCCAAAUGUGAAUGAAACCAUUAGAGGACUCAUAAAGCAGUAUUGUGACAGGUACAAGGUGAAGGAGGAAACGGGCGCGCUCCAUUUUGGAUGGGAAGACAAAAUCUUGAUCGUUGCUUCGGCAUGGAGUUAAUUGACAUCGUCAGAUCACAAGUGAUUCUCUCAAUUCUUGCUUAGUUUAUGUAUUUCUUCUUGUUGUGGCUGUACUUUUUGUGUUGUAUCAGGAUUCACGAUGAUGUUAUAUAAUCAAGGGGUUUUUAUUGACUUAAAA